AUGACCUUGCUGCUCCGUAGCCGCCGUGUCCUACAGCCAUCUCUUCCCGGGUUCGACACCGCAGGUAUGAUCAACGAAAACGUGGCCGCAGCACGCAGCCUGACUUGUGUUUUAAAGGUUCGACUCGUCACCAAGUAUCCUGGUCAAGAAGAGGCCGCUGGUGAUUCCAAGGUCCCCACACUUGUGGCGUACAAACGAGGAAAGCCAAUUGGUUAUGGUGUAGAUGCGAUCGAGCAAGCUGCUACUCAGGAUGGAGAACUCGCUAAAUGGUUCAAGCUCCACCUCCAUCCGGAUAGCAUGAAAGUUGUCGACGAACCACCAGAGUAUGGCACCGACAAGGCACCCGUGUUCGAGGUCCCACCUCUCCCCAACGGUGUGACACUCAAGACAGUCUAUAAGCAUUUCCUCAAGUGGGUUUACCUCCACGCCGUCGACUUCUUCAAAAACAAUACCGUCGACGGAGAGCGCAUCUGGCAGCGGCUUGGCGACAAGGCUUUCAUUGUCCUCGCGACUCCAAAUGGAUGGGACGUCACACAGCAGGGAUUCCUUCGCCAAGCUAUGAUCGACGCUGGGAUUAUUUCAAAGGGACAGGACGAAGAUAGGUUGUUCUUUGUGACCGAGGGUGAGGCGAGCGUGCACUAUGCGUUGCAUUAUUCGCAGAGCAGGAGCUGGAUGAACGUUGGCAGCUUAUUUGCUGUGACGGAUGCGGGAGGCAGUACGGUCGAUUCAACGCUCUAUAGGUGCAAGGCAAUGAUGCCGAAACUCGUGUUGGAAGAAGUCACGGGUAGUGAAUGCGUACAAGCUGGUGGUGUCUUUGUCGACCGGGGUGGACACAGGAUGCUCAUGGAGAAGCUCAACGGCUCCAAGUUUGCUGUUGCCGAUUAUAUGGAUGGAAUUAUGGAAGAAUUCGAGCGCAAGACGAAGCGCCGAUUUGAUGGCACGCAGACCAGCAUCAUCCGGUUUGGCCGUGAUUGGGACAACGACAAGUCAGUGGGCAUCGUCAAAGGUCGACUUACGCUGUCAAAGGAUGAGGUCGCCUCUGCCUUCCGUGCAGUCAUUCCAAGGAUCGUUUCCAGCGUCUCGAAUCUCCUUGAUGCGAGAAAGGUCGAGCACCUACUCUUGGUCGGUGGGUUGGGUGAAUCGCCUUACCUCAGAAAGGCGCUCAAGGACACUUUUGGCGGCAAGGGCGUCAGCGUUGUCACUGUCGAUGAGUCUACGAAAAAGGCAGCUGCAGAAGGAGCAGCACUGUGGUAUAUUCGUCAACUCGUGGUGGCACGCGCUGUACGAAGCACGUUCGGUAUCAUCCUCUGGCGUCCCUACGACGCCGGGACAUUCCAUCGUGAACGCCGACACCGUGCCAAGAUGGAUCACGAUGGAAGUAUGAAGAUGGUCGAUCUCUGGGAAACCUGGCUUAAGAAGAAUCAUGUCGUGGGCGAGGAGACCAGUUUGACGUUCAAUUACUUCUCCAUCUAUAAAAAGAUGCCCUCAGACUUGGGAACCUUCUCCCAAGACGUCUUUGCGUAUGACGGCGAGGACGACAUCAAGUGGGGCCGCGACGAGCAUGGGCAGCUUGCCAGGGAUGUGCGCACAGUCUGUACGCUCCGUGCAGACUUGAGUGGUCUACGUUCAUGUCUGCGUGCGCAAAGGGGACCCAAGGGCGAAGAGUUUUAUCGCGUUGACUUUGUCAUUUCAAUUCUACUCGGCGGAACGAGUCUCAAAGCGAGGCUCGUUUGGCAAGAAGGCGACGAACGCCGCGAGGGUCCGGUAACGGUCAUUCCCAAUUCCAUCAUCUAG